UUUGGUUUCAUUGCUCCAAAAACGAAAAUACCGAGUAGCAUUUGUUUUUAUUCAAGUAUUUACCUACAAUAUAAACAGUAAACUUGGAUUUAUAAAUUCAUUGAACUUUUAAAUAAAGCUAAAUAACUGUUAAGUAGUGAUGACUGUAGUGGAAUUCUUCGGUUGUUCCUUCCUGGCCUUUGGGCCACCUCUUGCAAUGUUCUCUCUCACGAUUGCUCAUGAUCCAAUUCGCAUAAUAAUCCUGAUAGCAGCGGCCUUCUUUUGGCUGGUUUCCCUGCUGCUAUCUUCUACGGUUUGGUUUGCUGUUUAUCCACUACGCGAUAUAUUAGCAUUUGGACUUGUAUGCUCAGUAUUUAUUCAGGAGGGAUUCCGUUACCUUAUGUAUAAGCUUUUACGGAAAACGGAACGAGGUUUGCAGGAAGUCACCGAAAUUGCUCGGAUAUCGGAUUACAAACACAUUCUCUCGUACGUUUCUGGCCUCGGGUUUGGAAUCAUUAGUGGCGCAUUUUCACUGGUUAAUAUACUCGCUGACUCAGUGGGACCGGCCACCGUUGGUCUGAAGGCAGGAUCAAAUAUUUUUAUCGUUAUCAGUGCGGCGCAAUCUUUGUGUAUGAUCUUGCUGCAUACCUUUUGGAGUGUAAUAUUUUUCAGUGCAUGUGAUUUGAAAAAUUAUUACCACAUUUCAUAUGUAAUCGUAAGCCAUUUGUUUGUUUCCUGCAUUACGCUGCUAAACAAACAGCAACUAUUCUCUGUUUCGCUAACGGCAUCUUACAUUGUUUUGGCAAUUACUUGUGUCAUUGCCUUUCGAGUAGUUGGUGGUAAUCUCACGUCGUUUAAAAAAUUUGUAACGUGCAAAUAGAAUGACUUUUGCUAGUUUUUUUGUACUAAAACUCUAAACUAUUUUAAGUAUCUACUAAAAAUAUGAUCCAUUAUGGUCAAAAUAAAAUCUAUGAUA